AUCACGACGCGACACGGAAGUGGGGCUGCGCGCGUCCUUCACUCACUUCCGUUGUGAACGUUCAGAAGUCUGUUUGUAGUUUAGCGACAGUUUUACUCUAAUUUCUCCGUUUUUAUGGAGUAAGACAACAAACAGCAGCGGUGAAAACAUUCUGCAGCUUUCAGCGUUUCACCCGUGUUUUACUCUCCACAGAGCAGCAGCUACAUUCAGUCCUGCUGUCCAGCCUUUACCUGCUUUCAUCUGUCCCAGGAUCAAGCAGUCAUGACUGCUCCAAACUCUGCAGAAAGGAAGGCCUGCUGGGACUCCAGGGACCUGCUGUGGAAGUGUCUGGAUGACAAUGGAGACAAAACUGCUUCCUGCGAGAAGUUCCAGGGCGAGUUUGAGGCCAACUGUCCUGCUCAGUGGGUGAAAUAUUUCAUGAAGAGGAGAGACUUUCUCAAAUACAAAGAGAAGAUGCAGACGGAAGGAUUCACACCGGCUGAAGGCCCCCGGCAGCCUUCCUAACCACAACCUGCACACGGACCUCUUUCAGACCAGAAACUUUAUUAUGAACCUUCAUCAUUAUUUAUUUGUACUGCGAUAAAGCUGCAUCCAGGAACAUGCAUAUUAUCAGCAACCUGUUUGACACACACACAGCUAAUUUUCACUGAUACUUAACUUUAAUCCUCGUUAGUCAACAUCUCAAAGCAUGGCUGACUUGUGCUGUUUGUAAAUAAAUAACAUACGAUCAGUG